CUAAACCGAAGAAUGAAGAGUUCUUUCCGGGCUUCUUCACUCUCUCUCUCUCUCUAACAACUAACAAGUCUUACCCAAAUCUCUCUCUCUCUCUCUCUCAAACGGCCAUGGACGUGCUCUCCCUCUCAUCCCCAAUUCCUUCCUUCAAACUCCCCAACAGCUCUCGCCCCAAACCCAUCUCCUCCCACCUCCCAAUCUCCUCUCUCAAAACUAAAAGAGCCUCAUCCUUCGCCAAGUGCUUCCAAUCCACUUCCUCUUCCAAACCCCAAUCUCUCCUCACCCCAUCUCUUCUCUUGGCCUCGUCUCCGCAGACGCCCGAUACUGCCAUGAGAAGCGCCGAGUCCGACGCCAUGGGCCUCCUCCUCAGGGAGAGAAUCGUCUUUUUGGGAAGCAGCAUUGAUGACUUCAUCGCCGACGCCAUUAUCAGUCAGCUUCUCUUGUUGGACGCCCAGGAUUCCACUAAGGAUAUCAAGCUCUUUAUUAACUCCACUGGUGGCUCUCUCAGCGCUACAAUGGCUAUCUAUGAUGUUGUUCAGCUCGUGAGGGCUGAUGUAUCAACAGUUGCGCUUGGCAUUGCAGCAUCAACGGCUUCUGUCAUCCUUGGUGGUGGCACCAAAGGCAAGCGUUUCGCCAUGCCCAACACGCGGAUAAUGAUUCAUCAACCUCUAGGAGGUGCUAGUGGACAGGCAAUAGAUGUGGAAAUUCAAGCCCGAGAAAUCAUGCAUAACAAGAACAAUGUCACAUCAAUUAUUGCUCAUUGCACUGGCCGCACAUUUGAACAAGUCCAAAAGGAUAUCGACAGGGAUCGUUAUAUGUCCCCCAUAGAAGCAGUUGAGUAUGGACUACUAGAUGGAGUUAUUGAUAGAGAUAGCAUUAUCCCUCUUGUGCCUGUACCAGAAAGGGUCAAAGCAAGGAUUACUUACGAAGAAAUCAGUAAAGAUCCAAGGAAAUUCUUGACUCCAGAUGUUCCAGACGACGAGAUAUAUUAAGCUCGUGGUGUUAAUACAGAGGUAUAUUAUUCUUACAGCUUUCACUUUAUGUGUUAGUUGCACAGAACUUUAUGCCUUAGUCACAAACUUAGGUUCCAGAAUUUGUGGAAGGGAAACAAGGAUAGCUGUUUUAUUCCCAAUUUAAAGUAAAUUCCUGCAGUUUUUGUCACCAUUAGAAGUCAGUUUAAGAAAAGAGAACUUUGUUUUUGUGCAAUGUAAACUGUAAAACCGGUGAGCGUGAGAUGGUUUAUAUGGAUUUUCUGUUUAGACUAAUUCUGCUAAAUGGCAAUGAAUUGAUUUAUAGUGGUUCAGGGAAUUGUUGUUGAUUGAUGUGUAAUAUCUUGAUUUGGUUUCACUUAAAACGUUUCUAGCUGACUUUGCCAGGACUUUAGUUAGAUAUACAACU